GACAAGAAACUGAUCUGUUUGGUCUGUGCAGCUGGGCGGGAACACAAGUCUCACAGCUUCAUGCCGGUUAAAGAAGCUGUUGAAAUCUACAAGGAACAGAUGAAAUCUUCUUUCAAAUCUCUCACAGAAAAGAAAUUAGCGAUCGAGAAAAUGGAGCAUAAACAGAAAGAAAGCAUUUCUGGAGUUGAGGAAGCGUCACGCAACCUUCAGUCACAGACCACAUCCCAGUUUGCUGAACUGCACCAGAUUCUCACUGAGAAAGAGCAGCGCGCACUCGGAGAUAUCCGGGAAGAUGAGGCGAAGAUUGUAAAAACAAUGGAGAAAAAUCUUCAAGAGAUACAAAAGAAUUUAAAUUCCAUUCAGGAGGAACUCUCAAAGUUAGAGGAACAGAUAGACCACAAGGAUGGUGUGAUAUUUCUGAAGGAGGAGGCUGGUCGCAAGAGGAGGGUUAGUGAUGAAACCAAAACAAUGUCGGUGGUAUAUGGCCCGUUGCCCAGUGAAAACUAUGAUCGCACCUUUUUCUACAACAUGGCAUUGAAAGAAACAUCUGAUCUCAUCAAACAAGUCUCCGUCACCCUGGAUGUGGAAACAGCGCAUGCGCUGCUCGAGGUGUCUGAGGAUCGGAAGAGGGUGAGACUGACCGGGACCGGGAGGCGUCUCCCUGACACCGGGAAGAGGUUUACAGACUGGCCGUGUGUGCUGGGAUCGGAGGGAUUCACAUCGGGGAGACAUUACUGGGAGGUGGAGGUGGCGGGGAGUCGGUACUGGAGUCUGGGAGUCGCUGCAGAGUCUGUGGAGAGGAAGAGACGGGUCACACUGAGACCGGAGACUGGAGUCUGGAGCAUCUGGCGGUUGGAUGGCGAGUUUGAUGCAUUCACCUCCCCUCCAUCCCCUCUCCCCGCCCGUCCCAUCCCCGGGAGGGUGGGAGUUUAUCUCAGUUACGAGUCCGGGACAGUUUCAUUUUACGACGCGGACACCAAGUCCCAUCUCCACACCUUCACUGGGAAUAAAUUCACGGAGAAACUUUAUCCUUUCUUCUGGCCUUGGGAUGGAAACUGGCUGAGAAUCUGCUCCGGUUCCGCUCCGGGUGUGUAAAAGGGUCGGGUCCCGGGACCGGCGUCAGGAGCGGGGCUCAGGGGCUGUGGGGCAGAAACCCGGUGGACAACAGGUCGGCGCUGAACGAACGGCUCCCAUUUAAUCCCCAAAUUCCUCGUCGUGAAACAAACCCCAGUGAGCGCGGAAAUAAAACCAGUGGGAAUGUAAAUGUGGGAAGAGUGAAAUAAACAGCAACUGAAA